AUGUUCGAUUCACUUACAAACCGCCCAAAUCUCGUUCCUCAAAAGCAGCGCUAUGCUCAAGGCAGAGGUGAAUUCACCCACCUCAAAAUGCCACGCUCGAGACUCUACUACUAUGGAUACCUUGCUGUCUUCGGUACUGGGAUGGUUCUCACUGCGGGUGGAAUUAAGACGCUUAUCCAGGGAAAGUAA